UAUCUUUAAAAACAUUUCAAAUCUGCAAUAUUUUGUUUGUUUUUUAAAACAUAUCUUUUUUAAAAGUAUAGUCAUGAAACUUACUUAUUUAGUUAAAUUCUCAAUUAAUAGCAUUUAUGUUAGUCGUUUCGAUCCAGAUGCACGAGUAUAUGCUACUUUUAGAUGGAAGGAUGAGUACUACAGAAGUAAAUUUAUCGAUGAGCAAAAUGAUGGUGUACUUUUAAGCAACUGUUAUUUGAAGUUUUCGUCCAAAGAUGAUGUAAAUUCAUAUAUUCUUGUUCAUAUUUUUUGUGAUACUGAAACAGAAAAAACAUUUUGUGGUCAUUGCGUUAUUCGUGUAACGACAUUGGUAGAAAAACUGCACGGAGAAAAAACUUUACAAUAUUUCUAUAUCAAUCCUGAUCAAUUAUCAUUAGCAACUGAUAAUGUGGGUGCUGGUUGGAUUUUCGCGUGCUACGAUUGCGUUAUUACUAUACCUCCUAAAAAACUGGAUUUACGACGUGUUGAAGGGAGAAACUGUUCGAAGAAAAUGAAGAAUAAAUCACGUGGUUUGAAAGCACUAACGCAUCGACAAAAGUAUUUGAAACUGGAUGAUUUCAUGAGUUUGUGUAAAUUAGUGAAAAGUAUAUCGCAACCGUUGGUGGCAAACUCAGAGCUUCAAGGCAUGGAAGUGAAACGUUUAUACAAAGCUCUUAUUAUUGGCAUAACAUAUGAAAAGACCAAAUUUCGUUUAUUUGGGUCAGCUAAAGAUGCUAUGAAUAUUCGUAAUCUAUUAGUAAAUACAUAUGGAUGGCCUGAUAAUGAAAAAUCCAUAAGAGUAUUACAAGAUUCUGGUCAAGGCAUUCAUUACCCGACUAAAAAGAAUAUUCUCAAGGGUCUACGUUGGUUGGUUCGUAAAGCUGAACCAGGAGAUGUUCUUUUUUUAUAUUAUUCGGGUCACGGAACCGCAGCUGCAGAUGCACAUGCACUUGAAGGCGACGGUCUUGAUGAAGGAUGGUUACCUGUGGAUCAUAUUAAUGUAGGACUUAUAUCAGAUAAUGUUAUACAGAAAAAGUUAGUGAGAAAGGUUCCUAAUGGUGUUCGAUUAACUGCCGUCGUGGAUUGCUGCAAUUCAGGAUCAGUGUUGGAUUUACCGUAUACGUAUGAAGAGACCAAAUGGACACCAAGUAUCAAUCCAUACUUAGUUAUGGGAGACAUUCAACUGUUAAGUUCUUGCCUUGAUUCUGAGUACUCUUUUGAAAAAGAAGGCGGAGAAGGUGAAAAUGCAGGUGGAAAAUUCACAAAUAUUGUUGUCGAGAUAUUAACUAAGCAGCCAAAAAUAUCCUUUGUUGAAUUGCUUCAAAUAACACAACGAAAGCUAUUCAUUCAACAAAAACCUCAAUUAUCUGUCAGUCAAGUUUUUGAUUAUCAACGCCCCUUUGAAUUUUCUCGUAUUCUAACUAAUAGAAAUAAACUUCUUGGUCAAGUACUUUGGAAUGCUGCAUUUUUCACGCAAAUGCUAAACCCUCAAGUUGAAUUAUUUCCGGAAAAUACCAAUGCAGAAAACAACGAAAUGUUACACUUUUUUUACCAUGCUUAUAUGCCCGAUGUGUUAAACGAUUCAUCUGACUGACGGUGUAAUUUACGAAAAAGCCUUUCAUCCAUGUUAUCCUGUUGAAACAAAAUUUUUGAUUUUUAUCUCUACCAAAGUUUUAUUUGAUUAAACAAGACACAAGAUUUCUCACAAUCAUCCUCAUGACUACUAUUUUCGUUUCAAACCGCAAGAAAAAUUUCCAUUUUAUUUUCAUAAACAUAAACAUGUUUUGUAGUCAAUGUUAUGAAAUAUUUGCUUACUUUUGCUUUGUUACUUUACAUUUUAUAAAAAACAAUAAUGUACGUAAAUAUUUUCAACCGCUGUACAGUAAACUCAUUCAUUGAUAAUUUUUUUACAUAACUACUAUGUUU